AGUAGCAACUUUCAUGAUGGCCGCCUGGUGUGGAUCGCGUGGUUGAAUCACUGGGUUGAAUGAAGCUUUGAUGCCCUGUGCACCGCCUUGCAGUGCAGUGUUCCCAAAGUUCCACACGAUCCGUCCCUGAAGUUGGACAUUCCUACCCUAAGCAGCAUUGAGGCCAACACUAAGAUGGACUUUGAGGGUACGAGCCAAGCCGACCUCGACAGCCCGUCGUUGGAUGCGGAGUUGGGCACUGAGCACCAUGGAAGCGCGCGUUUCCUGCCGUCCUUUUUGGACGGCGCAUCCGAAGUCCAGAACAUCCCAGAGUCAGAUCAGGCCGACGAACUGCGCGGACUUGGGAUCUCUGUGUAUGACCAAGUGGACCUCGAGCGCGGCAUCAUGGGAGCAGUGGACCGCAUGGUCCAACAGAAGGAGAAAGAGCAGCAGCAGAAGGCAGCUGAGAAAGAACUGGCGGCGGUCCGGAAGGAGAUUGGGCUGCUGCGGCAGAAGAUGGCACGGAUCGAGAAGACCACGAGCCUCUACAAGCUUGCUUCGACCGGCUUCGUGUCUCCAGCCAUCUUCACCAUGCGCAGAGACAAGGAGGAGAAGAUGGAAGAACUGAAAAAGCUGCAGUCGAGGGAAGCUGCCCUGGUGGCUGCCGCCAGCGGAGUGCCCGGCGUUGAGUCGGCACUUUCUUCGAACACGGACGACCUGGACGAAGACGACAAGCUUCGUCUGGAACGCAUGUUUGGCCGCAAAGAAACCGAAGAGGAAAGGCUCAUCCGAACCGGCCAGAUGACGCCGUUCGGCACUCUUGUCCAAAACCAGGAGCAGACGACUGCACCCGAUAAACUGGCACCUAUCAAACUGCGUCGCGUAACAGACGGCAGCUCGUCUGCAAGCAGGUGGCAGACGACGGAGCAGGACCUAACAGACGACGACGACGACCAAACACUUUCCUGGCAACCGUCGAUGCAAGACGUGUCUUCUGCAAGCACGAGUGGGCAGACGACUUCAAGGCAGGCAGCGGACGACAGCUCUAGGGGCGGCUCGACUUCCGCUCGCGAACUUGUGUCUCAAGUGCCGCCCCCAAGGAAGAGAAAAAAGAAGGUUAAGCUCGGGACGGUCACCAGACGUCGACCGGCGUGGCGAGCUCGAGGCCGCGACGACAGUUUGCUGGGUGAGGAAUUCCUGUUGGAUCCAGAAAUGAGUGAUUUCGAAAAUGGCGAUGACGACGACGCCGAGCUCGGGAAGUCGGACGAAGAGUAUCAACCUGACGCUGAUGAUUGUUUUGAAAGCGAUGAGGAUGCUGACUCUGCAUUCCUUCCUAAGGCGGUGCCCGAGAGAAAAAGUAAGAGUAUGCUGAGUACCCCCAAGAAACAAAAGCUUGAUUUGAGCGAGAACGGCGACCUUAAAAAGCCUCCACCACAGAAACGAUUCAAGAAGCUGUUGGAUGACGGAAAUUAUGCUUCUUACGUCAAAAGAAUCAAGGAACACCGCCAUGCAAAGUUGGUGAAAAAGCACCAAAAGAUCCUCGACGGCGGAGACGGAGAAUCGGGUUCCGACAGUGCAGUUGAAGUCGACGACGAGCUGCGGGUGCCGGCUGAAAUCUGGAACAAGCUUUACAGGUAUCAGCAGACCGGUGUGCGCUGGCUUUGGGAGCUCCAUCGGCAGAACACCGGUGGCAUCGUCGGUGACGAGAUGGGCCUCGGCAAGACCAUCCAGACCAUCGCCUUCUUCGCCGGCCUGCACCACAGCAACCUACGAACUCUUGGUGACAGCUUUCAAGGCUUGGGCCCCGUGGUGCUCAUCUGCCCGACGACCGUGAUGCACCAGUGGGUGAGGGAGUUUCAUCGGUGGUACCCUCCAGUCAGGGUGGCCAUUCUGCACGACUCGGGCUCCUUCGCCGGAAGCAAGGAGACUCUGGUGAGGCAGGUGAAUCGUGACCGUGGAGUGCUGGUGACAUCGUACGCCGGGGUGAGCAAGCUCUCGCCGAUGCUGCUGAGGCACGAAUGGCACUACGUGGUUCUGGACGAGGGGCACAAGAUCAGGAAUCCCGACGCGCAGACGACCCUGGCCUGCAAGCAGUUUCGCACGACGCACCGCAUCAUCCUGUCGGGGUCCCCGAUCCAGAACAACCUGAGGGAACUCUGGUCGCUCUUUGACUUUGUGUUCCCGGGCAAGCUGGGCACUCUGCCAGUCUUCAUGCAGGAGUUUGCUGUGCCCAUCACCCAGGGCGGAUACUCCAACGCCACCGACGUGCAGGUGCAGACGGCUUACAAGUGUGCAUCCGUGUUGAGAGACACCAUCAAGCCCUACCUCCUGCGUCGCAUGAAGGACGACGUACAGUGCAACCUUCAGUUGCCCAAGAAGAACGAACAGGUCCUGUUCUGCCGCCUGACCGACCACCAGCGAGACCUGUACAGGCAGUACCUGGACACUCCCGAGAUUGCGAGCAUUCUUGUGGGAAGGCUUCAGGUGUUUGUGGGCCUGAUCAACCUGCGCAAGAUCUGCAACCACCCCGACCUGUUUGACGGAGGUCCCAAGGUCUUCAAGGACACGGACCUGUCGACGCUGCCGGCGGAGAUGCGCUACGGCUUCCCCGGCCGGUCCGGCAAGAUGGCCGUCGUGGAGUCCCUCCUCAAGCUCUGGAAGAGACAGGGCCAUCGAGUCCUGCUCUUCACGCAGAGCAGGCAGAUGCUCCUGAUUCUGGAGAAGUUUGUGCAAGACCAGGGCUACAAGUACAUGGUCAUGACUGGGUCGACCCCAAUCGCAUCUAGGCAGCCCGCCAUCAACAAGUUCAAUGCGGACACGUCGGUGUUUGUGUUCUUGCUGACGACUCGAGUGGGUGGUCUCGGUGUGAACCUUACGGGAGCGGACCGGGUGGUCAUCUACGAUCCCGACUGGAACCCGAGUACGGACACCCAGGCCCGAGAGCGGGCCUGGCGGAUCGGGCAGCUACGGGAUGUCACCAUUUACCGCCUGCUCACGGCGGGGACUAUAGAAGAGAAGAUCUACCACAGGCAAAUCUUUAAGCAGUUCCUGACCAACCGAGUGCUGAAAGACCCGAAGCAGCGCCGCUUCUUCAAGACCAACGACCUCCACGAGCUGUUUUGCCUCGCCGACGACGCCAAGCAGAAGCGGACCGAGACCAGCGCCAUCUUUGCUGGUACGGGAUCGGACGUGAAACCUAAGGCGAAAGAGUCCAGGACGAAAAACCCUGAGACAGAAGACGCAAGGACGAAAGGCCCUGCCACGAAAAUCAUCCCGACGAAAAGCUCUCGUCCGAAAAACAGCCAAGCGAAACACUGCCCGUCGGAAGGUGCUCCACAUAAGUUCGAUGUGACCAAAUACCAGUCGUCAAAGUACAGUGCGGCAGAGAUGAACCCUACGAAAGACAAUGUGACUAAAGAAAGCUCAGAGACUAAGAGCAUUCCAACGAAGGUUGACAUGGAGCAAAAUCUUGAGACAAAGUACACACUUGCGGAAUGUAUUCCAGUGAAGGAUGUUCUGGCGGAAGGUGCGUCAACAAAUGAUGUUUCGACACCUGGCUCUGUGGUGCAAGACGUUUUAACAAGAGAUGCCCCAAUAAAUGGCAUCCGGUCUAAAGAAAGUUCUACGAAAGGUGCUGCAACAAAAGGUGAUCCCACAACAGGUGAUGCAAUGAAAGACGAUGUGACAAACGAGAAUGUAAUGAAAGAUGAUAUAACGAAAGAUGUUGGGACAAAGGAUGUCUCGUUAAAGGAUGUCAGGACGAAAGAUGCUGCGGAAAAUGAUGAUUUGACCAAAGAGGACGUGACGAAAAGGGAUGCCACGAAAGAUCACGUGGUAAAAGACGAAGUGACACCAAAACCAUUGCUGAGUUCCGAGAAAAUAGAUCAAAUGCGAGAGCUGGCCCGGAGACUUAGUCAAAAGAUUGGGACCCAAGCGGCCAAGACCAAGACAAGCCCACCGUCGAAGCCGGUUGAGGCUUCUUCGAGAAAGCGGACAGGAAAUGUGAAGCCAGAAAAAACACGGUCGAAGCACAAGUCAAAAAGAGCAGUUGUGGAAGGCGAGCAUAUUGGCUUUGUGGUGAAGCAGACGACGUAUCAGCCGGAAGCAGACGACGCCCCUGCUGGGUCGGAACACACCCAGAAGCAGGAUGACUACGUGCUUCAAAAGCUUUUCAAGAAAUCUGGGGUGCAUUCGGCGAUGCGCCACGACACCAUCAUGGACUCCGCGGACCCCGACUACGUCUUGGUGGAAGGAGAAGCGGAGCGCGUGGCCAAGGAGGCCAUCAGGAAGCUGCGCCAGUCCCGGAGGCACUGCCUGGGGGCCUCCUCCGGCGUGCCCACAUGGACGGGAGCCAACGGCGCCUCGGGGGCGCCUCCCGGCACCAAGCCACGCUUCGGCCAAAAGAAAGUGUCCAGGGUCACUCCGGGCAGCACUAACCCUCCCGAAGCCUCCAAACCUCCCGCGGCGCCCUCGCCCCUUAAAAAGGACCUACUCGGGCAACCCGGCAUCUUCACCCAUGACCUCGCCAGGACGGCAACGUCGGCAGCGCCCGACGUUCCGGAAUCGUCCAGCGAACUCCUGGCUCGGAUUCGUGCGAGGAACCACCACCUGUCCGACGGAGCCGAGCCCUCGCCGUCUUCUGCCGACUACCUGGACUCGGGGAGCGGGGAGUACGACGACCUCUUGGCGGACUUGCAGACUUUUGUCGCAUUCGGCGCGAGCGUGGACGGUCAGGCGACGACGGAAGAGGUCCUCACCGCUUUCAAAGACAAAGUGCGGACCCGUGGAAGCGCUCCCGUGUUCAAGGCCCUGCUCGGACGCAUCUGCGAGUUUUACCGGCGCGACGGGGGGCAAGGGGUGUGGAGGCUCAAGCCGGAAUUUAGGUAGCAGUGUCUUCGAGGGACCAAAUGUGGGCUGUGUGACAGUGCUGGUAUGAUCGUACGAUUGUACUAGGGUCAUAUCAGUGUGACUUUGUGGUCGUCUGGUAAGUCCUAUUAGUAUCUACAUAAGUGUUCUGGUGAGGUUAUGAUGAUCCUACUGGUGUGAUACUGGUGUACUGGUUACUACGAAUGAUACUGGUAUACUAGUUACUGCCAUACUGGCUGCAUAAUUGUACUGGUAUGGCCAUGGAAUCGUCUGUACUCUGUUUCAUGAUAACUCGGCAAACUGCAGAGGCUGCGACCCCCCCCCGACCCAAUAAGGGUGUCGGAGCAAGUCGUGUGAUAGCACUCCAUGUUCGUGGCCACGGAGACCUCGUUAUCGCCACGGCAACAGCGCCUUUGGGAAGAAAAAAAUAAUUCUAGGGUUUUUCUUCUUUUAAUGCUAAUUGAACUCUAGCGAUUCCCUCUUUAUUGAGAAUAUAUAUAAAAAAUUUAAUGAAUAAAUAUUGACUAGUUUACGAGUCAAUUAUAUUUAGAUAAAAAAAGUGAUGCUACAUCCGUAUCCGGUCCUAAUUUUUUUCUCCUUGUAGCGCUGUGUGGCGGUUGGCAAUCAAAACCGUAUAAUGACCGCUUCAGCUUAAAACAUUGCCCUGGCAUUAGUAGCACCCACCGCAGAUUCGAGGGUAAAUAGACCACAUGCGAAACGCACAGCGCCAUCUAGUGGGGCGCCGACGAACAUGCACCGUCUCACCAGUUGGCUUUGGUGCUGGCAAAGGCCAGGGCGCAAAAGCAUAGUUCUAAAGAAUCCUUCGCUCGCACAAGCACUUGCGCGGAGAAAGCGUUUUCGAAAACCAGGUGCCCAAACCCGUACCUUUGCCAGCACUCAAAGCCAAAUAUCGAGGUGAAGUGUACGUUCGCCAUGUUGGUUGCAGCAAGAAACUAGCGACCGGCGGGGCGACGAGCAUGUACAUGCGCAUGAAGAGCGUAAAACAAUACUAACCCUUCGCCCGCUAGUGUGGGUAAGGAUUGAUGACGGUGAGCAGUGGGCUUCGAUUGUUACCGACAACGCUACGAAAUCGACAAACAGCAGAGGAAUCUCGACGCAACAAAGAUGGCUGUGCACAGAGUGUUGCCAGGUGUUCAAACAGUUUUGCAUAUGGUCUAUUGAGCGUAUGGUUGUCUUGUGAACCGUUUCCGAAGAGAUCGCUGCUCUAGUGGACGGCAGUGUCGCGGCGGUGGACGUUUGUCUGAAGUGGUUGGUUUUGCCGCAGACGACUCUUGGCCAGCAGAUGACAGCCUGUUCCUUGGCGCAGGGACACACGCUCCCGUGACAUGGUAUCACGUGCCUCGCUCUGGCGCUCUUUUUGUCUUGCGGGGGUUGUGGGCUCCACAGUUUGCCAAGUUAUGGUGAAACAGAGUAUGGUAUGGUCAUAGAACCGACUACA